AUGGCAGAGAUUGUCGGUUCUGCGGUUGUUCAGGAGUCAGUAAGCCAAAUCGUAUCUGGUCUGCUUCAAAAAUAUGAAGAUAAACACAACUCAAAUGCGUUCCGAAACCUUGAGAGGCUAGAGAUGGCACAUAUCAGGCUGGAGGCUGUUCUUCAGACAUCUGAUAAGUGGGAUAUCACUGAUACAUCCUUGUUGCGUUGGCGUAGGAAGCUUAAGUCUGCUGCUCAAGAGUGUGAUGACACGCUGCACAGAUGCAGUCAGAGAAUCCUAGAAGCUGAACACAUAGAAAAGGAAGUAAGCAAUUCCUCCCUUCCUAAGCGGGUUGUUCAUGCUACCAGGUCAUUCGUUUCUUCUAUCUUUAACCACGACAACGACGACUUGAAUAGAUCCAUUGUUCAAAGAUUUGAAUGGUAUGCAGAUGGUGCUAGCGAGUUUCUAAGAUUACUAGAGCUUGGUGGCACGCCACGGUGUUGCAUGCCCUUUAACCCUUUUAUCAGGCACCUUCUUGCUGGCAAGAUACUACGGCAUAGAAUCAUUAGGGCAAACAAGCGCCCUUUGUUUCUACUGUUGGAACCAUUUAUUAGUGCAGAGCAUGGAAUAGAAGGUAGGCUUUUCUUUAUGCAAAAUGAUAGUAAAGCUCCAAAUGAUGAUUUUUGCCUUACUUUAACGCUACAACUUUCGGAGAGUACAGACAUAGUUGGGGUUGCAAUUCAGUGCUUACAGCUGUUUGCCCCUCUAAACAAGUCUACAGUUGAAAAUAUUAGGAUAGAACUUAUGCAGCUACCUACUCAAGACUUCUCAUGGGUACCAUAUGUUGAUUCACCCCAGAAAAAAUAUUGGGACAAUGCUCACAUAUUGGGCACACAAUGGUUUCGCCCAAACCCAUUAUGUUGCAAGCAGCAUGAUAAGAACAACGUUUGUCAUGGUAGCAAGGUAGACAAGUCAUCUGGAUUAGGACAUGAUUCUCUAGAACCGGUUAUUGAAGUAGGUCUACUGUGCCAACUAUUUCUCUCAGAGUGCAACAAACAGAGGGCCCUCACUGUCCGAAUGUAA